GGACGAAGAAGAAGAAGAAGAAGAACUGCGCACGAGGUGGUGAGCCCGUGUUGUCAUUCCGCAUCGUUCCUGACGAAGAACAACUAUGACUGAAGACACGAAGAAAUUUGUGUCUGAUCCUGCAACGACUAACUCUGAUUGGACCAUUCUGAUCAAGAAGUUUGGGACUUGCAUCUGUCCAGCCCUUUACGGAAAUGACUGCUUUGGUUACGCCCUCCCUCUUUACUUGGCGCCAUUCUUAUUCGGAAAUAUUGACAGCAGGUGCAUGUACUGCAUCCUGGUGACCAUCAUGUCCAUGAUGGGCUCUCACCUCCCACGAACCAUCAGUGCUUUUUUCCCAGUCGUCCUGUUGCCUCUUUCUGGAGUUAUGUCGUCCAACCGCCUUGCACUAUACUACAUCGACUCCAGCGUGCUGGCAAUGUCAUCAUUGUUCGUGAUCGUCAUCAUAGGCGACCAAUCGCACGUUUUCUCUCGCCUCGCCAUGUACGCGCUCUUCAACAUCGGCUUCAACGCCGCCAUGCUCUUCAGCUACUUAGUGCUGGCCACUUUUCUCAUCACCUUCGUUCUACCCAGCGCUGUGGUUGUGGUCUUGGUCACGAUGCUAGUUGAACGUACAGUAGCAAACAUCGAGCAAGAUGUCAUCCGUAUCGAAUACUCGUUGGCCAAUUGCAAAAACCGAAGGUCUCUAACAGAUGGAGACGAGGGUAGUUUGUCUUCUGCAAAGAUACGCAAGGUGACCAAGUUUAGCCCCAACGUUUCGCUGAUCACGGAUAGGUCAAGAACUGCACAGGAAGAGUGUAGCGACUGGAUGCCGUAUCAACCAACGGGGCCGUCCCUUAUAAAGCAAUUUAAAGUGUACAAGGCUGAAGAGGAAGAACGCGGACCAGCUACAAUACCGCCACAAUCCGACGUUGAAAACACCAAAUCUCGCGUAUCCGAUCAACGUAAGACAUGCUUCAAUCAUCUCCCUGCAUCGAGUCGCCCACGGUCGUCGCACGGUCCACACCUCCCUGUACGUCGAAUUCCGUCUCUCAGCGAACCGGAGAAACGUCGCAUUUCGUCCAUACUGAAAGAGUGCAAAAUGAAAGACCCUGAAUGUGAACUUCUGGAAGCGACGGUACUGAAGGAUUCGACGCAGACGACAGACAACACGCGCCCUCGAAAGACCUCGUCCAUCAGAAUUGCUGGAACACCCGUGCCCAAGAAGGCGUCGGUCACCCGUAUUCAUGACACGACUGUGACAACGUCGAGGGUGGAAAAAACUACUUCACCCACUCAAGACGAAAUCAGAAGGCCAUCCAUCUUGAAGAACAGAAGCUUAAGCAUGAGAAGCACGAGCCAUGUUGUCAACGCUCCACCGUGGCUUCUUACCACCGAUACUCCCACUUACCUGAUCCAGGAAUCUGGCCGGCGCAUGUUUCUUCCGGCCUCCCCUCCUUGCGAGACAUCGUCAACGGCGUCACCCACGUUCAAGCAAUUUGAAACCUCGAAAGAUGGGAGAGACGGAACAGAUGGUAACAGUGACUGGAAGCCAGGAUCAAAUCCCGGUGUGCGAAAAUUCAUCGGCUUCUGUUCCGGCAUGAGAACUGCGUUCCUGCUUGGUGCAACCAUGACAUCUGUGAUUGGCAGCCUGGCUAGUUUUUGGAACAUUCCAGCACGCUCCGCAAUCACGCUGCACCUUGGCAAGUAUCGACAGCAAGUAACUGCUUGGACCUGGUUUAGUGUUACGCUUCCCACUGCUGCUAUUGUCGCUGUCGUGUGGUGGGCCAUAGUCUACGUCUUCUAUAUUGUCGCAAUAGAAGACGGGAAAGACUAUGAAUAUGAAAAGAUAAUGCAGGAAGUCACGAAAAGCAUAAAGAAUCGCCUGCGAGAUACCAGGGAAAGAAGGUUUCAGGAGACUCUAAUUUCUUAUUGGUUCCUGGUGAUCCCCUUCUACUACGCCACCUACCUUUCUCGCAACGUCGGACAGGCGUACAUUGAGAGUUCAGUGUUCAGCUUGUCCAUGAUCGUGAUGAUGAUGCUUCCACGCGACAACUGGCGACCCUGGGCUGCACGACGCUUUGCCAGCUGGAACUCGAUCAAGGAGAGAGUGCCCUGGAACCUCAUCGUCAUGUACGGUUCUGUCUCGUCGCUCACCAAGUUAGCUGAAGAACACAACCUGGUAAAGGUACUUUUCGAUCACGUGGGCGCUAAGUUCUGGGGAAAAACUUCCGCACGCACCAAUCAAUUUGUCCUGACAGUCGUGGCUGCUGUACUUUCUGAAAUAAUGGGCAAUCAUACCCUAAAUGACCUCAUAGUUCCCAUCGUCAUCGAGAUCGCCGUGGAGUCCAAGACGCCACCGGUCUUCUACGUCAUUCCUGUUGGAGUCGCAGCCUCAGCCAAUGUGAUCAUGCCCGUCUCUCUACCGCUUUUGAUCCUGCGAGAAUCCCUUCAGAUAUCCUGCUCGCGUAUGAUCGCUACGGGAUUGAUCCUGAAAGUUGUGUUAGUGCUGACCAUCCUUGUCAGCAUGAACACCCUGGGCACCCAUGUUUUCCGAGGAGCAGAAAUACCGGAGGAAGUGAAGUCAAUGUUUGACACCACGAUCGCACGACGCCUGCUCAACGUCACUCCUCCCUCAGUGAACAUGUCCCGGAUGUAUAGUUGAUGCCAAGUCCAUGUUCAGCAUGCAUACGGAUAUCUGAUAUUUGAAUAUAAGGUUUGAAGUGCCUAUUAAUGCGUAAUAGAACACAGUCAUGCUUUGAAGUCAUGCAUGAGUUGGAGCGCCAGAGUGCAUUGGGUAAAAAUGGUCGUAGUGUCACCAUAGAACACUGAUAUAUCGCUGAGACACACUAUUUGUGCCGGCCCAAGAUCGUGUCACUUCCCUGUGCCUUGCUGACGAGUCCCAAGUAAGACGAAACAGAUGUACUAGGCUGGGGGUGCACGAUCAAGUUAUCAAUGUAUAUGUAUAUACAUAUAUGUGUGUAUACAAGUAAAUGGUUACUGACACCUA